AACUGUUUUUUGCCCCGCGAGACAGGUUUAAGCCUGACGAGAAAUAUUGUCCGUUUUAAUCUCGCGAGAUCUCGUGCCACACCCCUACUGUAUACUAUAUUAUAUUAUAAUAUAAGGACUCUCAUGGGUUCAUAAAACGCUGCUCGUGUGGGCGAAGAUAUUUUUAAAAACGGAAAAGAUAGUUUAAAUAUCCGGCUUCGUGUGGACGGGGCCUAAAACUGGUGCAAACGCGGACUGAUUCACUGAAAGCACCAUGCUUUUCAGCACCAUGCUUUUCCGAAUGGAACUGGUUUAAGAACCAGAGUUUUUUUUGGUGGAAAAGCACUCUGCCUCCUCUUUUUUCUUUAAUCACUUGUGCUGCCAUCUUGCCAGUGAUCCUCAGCCUAUGUUUUGAGUGUGCCUCAGUGAGUGUGUGAAAAAUCUCCGUUUAAAGGGUCAUGUACCCCUAACACCUCGCCCUCCAACCUAACAAGAAUUACGACACCGUACUGCUAAUUGUGCACGAGCAAAAGGGGAGUAGAAGGGUAGGACCAAUAGGUGAAAUGGGAAUGGCCACAGAUAUAGGCAAAACAAACACAGCUAGUGUAACGACCACUGUUUGGCCAGUAAAUGAGUCUCAAACCAGUGCUGCUUUCCACUCUUUUUUAUUCUGAAACAGAUUAAACCAAAUAAAUUUUCACAUCUUGCAAUACGGCUGCAGGUAUAACACACAUCCAUCUCAGAGCUCUCACUGAUCUGAGUGUAAAAGAGUAUUUUUCACACAUGUAACUUACAUGAUCGUAUAGCUUGUUUUUCUCAUUAAAAUAUAUAAAAAAAUUACAGAGGAAAGCAAUUUUUUUGUCCUAUUACACAACAGGAUUAGAAAUUAAUUCAUAACAUAUUCAGAAAUAUUUGUAGAGCAUUUUUGGAGGGAAAAACUAGGGAGCAACAUACCUGAAACAGAUUAAACGAAAUAAAUCUUCACAUCUUGCAAUGCACAGCUGCAGGUAUAACACACUGAGUUUGUAAAAAAAUAAAAAAUAAAAGGAAAUUAGCUUAAUUCACAUUUUACUAAUGAAAGCAUGAGUUAAAUAACACGGCUUGCACGAGCACGUGUCUAGACUAUAAUUUGAUAAGGUUAGCAUUUCUUAUCAAAACUAUAUAAUGAAUAGAGCACUAGAUAUUUUUAUAAAGUUAUAAAACAAUAUUUUUUAAGUUUUUAACUAGAUAUAGAUUAAAAUAUAUAUAUUUUAGAGAGGAACUGCAGCAGCUAUGCACCAUCCAUCUCAGAGUUCUCACUGAUCUGAUGGAGGUACGGGAGCAGCAGAGGGACACAGCCUGCAGGGACGUCAAAUCUGUUGAUUCCAGGUCAAUUCCAAUCGACGUGGCCCUGAUUCAAAAGAUGAGUGAACCACCAGUUAAAAACAUCUUACAACUCAUCCAGUGGUUCGAUGAGCCAGAGCGCUAUAUUGUGGUCAUGGAGCUCUUUCGUCCUUGUAUGGACUUGUUUGACUUUGUGUACAGGGAUCGAGGUUUCCUCAGUGAAGACAUGGCCAGACAUAUAAUGGUUCAGGCAAUAGAGGCAGCAACUGAGUGCCACAAGCGAGGUGUCCUCCACAGGGACAUAAAAUUGGAGAACUUCUUGAUCAAUACGUACACUUUUGAGAUCAAGAUGAUCGACUUCGGCUGUGGUGACUUCUUUACAGAACGUGAAUUUAAUCAUUAUAUAGGCACCAAAAAAUUCUGCCCUCCAGAGUUCCUUCUGUCUGGGAGCUAUCACGCCACUCCUAUAACAGUGUAGUCUUUAGGUGUGUUUUUGUUCUUUAUGGUCAAUGGAUUCGACCCCUUUACAACCAGGCAAGAAAUCAUUGACGUAAAUCUUCACUUCAAAGAUGACCUAUCCAAUGGUAAGAAAAAGAAGACCCUGAUAAAUGAGACAGCAGUCAAACAGACACUUGGUCUUAGCUUUAACCUUGUAAUUAAGUGCAGAGAAGCAAAAUUCACAAGUCUGUAGUUUGUUAUAAAUAUGCAGAGUUAAUAUUGAGGGAUGUUUAAACCAGCUGCUCUGAAGUGUAAAAUUCAAAAUAAUGUAUUUUUGAUGAUAGUCUUUUUGAAAUGUAGAAAACAUGAGAAUAAAAGAUAACUUUGAGUGUUACAUGCAAAACA